AUGUAUGAUAUUUCUUUGUCUCAGUGCCAAGAAGAGUUCUUUUUAACAGCGGCAAUGGUAGUGAAUGAACCACAGUUGACUCCUUUCCAGUGUUUUGUAUUUGUGUGCAUGUAUGUGUCCAGUUCAGUGUAUAAGUCAAGUAGGCUGGUUAUUGAAUGUGAAUAUAUUUUCUUUUCAGGAAAACAUUUCCUUGGAUGGAGAUCAGCUAGUACUAGCUCCAGAUUAAGUUACGAUUAUAAUGACACUCUUUCAAUAUCUGGCAGAGGCAACAUAGAGCAGCCUAAUGUAAACAGAGUCAUCAUGGCUGCUGAACAGAGUUUGCAGUGCCCAAACUGCUCAGAGAUGCUGACAGAUCUAACUUCCUUGGCCCAGCAUGUUUCUCAUUGCCAGAGGAGCACAGGAGUGUAUGUCUGCUCUUUAUGUAGCAAAGUUUACAGCACAACUACAGGCCUCAAGCACCAUAUGGAGGUGCACGAGGGGAAGACUUUUAUGUGUCCCAUAUGUGAUUCUAAGUUUACACGUAAGGGCACUGUGAAGACUCAUAUGCGAGCAGUGCAUGCCUCAGCCCAGUGUCUCAACUGUGCAGCCAUUUUACGUUUGGGAGAUGAGUUUAAUCAGCAUGUUAUUCAUUGUACGAAGUAG